UUACGGAAAGGUAGACAUUUCCGGCUCCGGUAUCAUGGCCGGCUCCUACCCUGAAGGCGUGCCCACUGUGGCCGGCGAGAAGAGGCAGCAGUUCGGGACCCGGUUCCUGAGCGAUCCGGCGCGCAUCUUCCACCACAAUCAAGCCGCGGCAGCGGAGAGGAAAGUCAGGGAGAACAGUACCCAGCGGGUGUGCCAGGAGAAGCAAGUUGAUUAUGAUAUCAAUGCCCACAAAUAUUGGAACGACUUCUACAAAAUCCACGAAAAUGGGUUUUUCAAGGACAGACAUUGGCUUUUUACCGAAUUCCCAGAGCUGGCACCUAGCCAAAACCAAAAUGACAUGAAGGAUUUGCUCUCAGAAAACAAAGGAAUUGAAGUGCCUGAAUGUAGAAGAGAGCACAGACCUGGUUUAAUAAUAGAAGAACAGCACCAGUGUCAUUCAAACAGCCUUGGACAUAAAACACAGGCCCUUCCUGUGGAAGAGAAUGUAACUCAGAAACUCAGUCACUUGGAAAUCUGUGCUGAUGAGUUUCCUGGAUCCUCAGCUACCUAUCGAAUACUCGAGGUUGGUUGUGGUGUGGGAAACACAGUCUUUCCAAUUUUGCAAACUAACAAUGACCCAAGACUAUUUGUUUACUGCUGUGAUUUUUCUUCCACAGCUGUAGAACUGGUCCAGACAAAUUCAGCAUAUGAUCCUUUUCGGUGUUACGCUUUUGUUCAUGAUUUGUGUGAUGAAGAUAAGAGCUACCCAGUUCCCAGUAAUAGUCUCGAUGUCAUCAUCCUCAUAUUUGUUCUUUCCGCAAUUGUUCCAGACAAGAUGCAGAAGGCUAUCAACAGGCUGAGCAGGCUUCUGAGGCCUGGAGGGAUGAUGCUUCUGCGAGAUUAUGGCCGCUAUGACAUGGCUCAGCUUCGGUUUAAAAAUGGUCAGUGUCUGUCUGAAAAUUUCUAUGUGAGAGGUGAUGGCACCAGAGUUUACUUCUUCACACAAGAUGAACUGGACACACUUUUCACUACUGCUGGACUGGAAAAGGUUCAGAACCUGGUGGAUCGCCGAUUGCAAGUCAACCGAGGGAAACAGCUGACAAUGUACCGAGUUUGGAUUCAGUGCAAAUAUCGCAAACCUCUUCUGUCCAACACUGGCUCCUGACAUGGUGGGAGCUCACUGGGACAUUUUAAAAAGAACACCCACAAAUGGCAUCUUGUUGAUGUUGGAUAGCUCAAGGAUUCAAACAAACUUGAGCCUUGAACCUAGGAAAAAUUACUUUUUAUCAAGAUUCUAACAAUUAUCCUUCAUAUUUAUGAAACCCUUUACUAUAUACUUUUUCUCAAGUUUUUUCUUACUUUGAGAUCUCAGAGACUUGCCAUUUUGUUAGUUAUCUUAACUGAAACAUGAGAAUUAGGAAUUUAAAAGACAACAGGAAUUUAUUUCCAUGUGAAAGUAUUAUAUAUGGUAAAGUAUCAUUUGACUAUAAGUUUUAUUGAAUUAUUUGAGAGUUCAGAUACCUGGUUCCAUGAUAUUUUAAGUACUUUUCCCCCCUCUAACUUGUGUCUAAAAAUUAAAAGGAUCUUCACUUUUAGGAUUGUAUAUUUUUAUUGUGCCCUUACGUGUUUGACACAAAAGGAAUUGGGAGAACCUUAUUUUAGCCACAUCACUGAAGUGGCUAAAUGUGAUCAUCAUCAGUGUUACUUUUUUGUUCUGCUUGUUUUCAUUUACCACUUUUACACGGUUCUUUCUUGGUGGUCCAUAAGUUAUAUGAUAUAUUCUUAAUUUUACCAAAUAAAAAAUUUCAAUUCUUCAUUCCUA